AUGGCCAAAGUCUUGGAGCGGAUGGUCAACAGAAGGCUCAAGCAAUACCUGGAGUCUAAGGGACUGCUUGACCAUCGACAGCACGCCUUCAGGCAAGGGUACGGUACCUCCACCUACUUCGCCACUCUUGGAGAAGUGCUGAAGGAGGCACAGGACCAAGGCUAUCAUACGGAGAUCGUCUCGCUGGACAUCUCCAAAGCAUUCAACAGAACGUGGACACCAGCAGUAAUGAAGAAGUUAGCCGAAUGGGGACUAAAAGGACGCAUCCUACACUUCGUCCGAAACUUUCUGACCGACCGAUCUUUUCGGGUGUCGGUCGGAAACGUCCAAUCCAGAAGGUUCAGCGAAGAAACCGGAGUACCACAGGGUUCGGUGAUCGCGGUCACCCUCUUCCUGGUGGCCAUGAACGGGGUCUUCGACAAGCUACCCAAGAACAUAUAUAUUUUCGUCUACGCGGAUGACGUCCUCAUUGUAACGGUGGGCCCCAUCCUGCAGAGGACGAAAUUAAGAGCGCAAGCGGCAGUCUCCUCGGUGGUCAGAUGGGCUGACUCCGUUGGGUUCCAGCUUUCCGCCAGCAAGAGCGUGCGCUGCCAUAUAUGCACCACCCGGCAUCGGAACAACGGACAGCCCAUCAUGAUCAAACAGCAAGCGAUACCGACCAAAAACACAAUAAGGGUCCUGGGAGUGCUCCUCGAUCGGAACCUAUCCCUCGAGCCGCACUUCCAACAGGUGAAGAAGGACUGUCGUAGUCGAUCCAACCUGAUGAAGACCAUCUCCCGCCCCCACCGAUCCAACAACCGUGAAAUCCGCUUCCGAGUAGCCCGAGCCAUCAUCGACAGUCGCCUAUUGUACGGCGUAGAACUAACGUGCCUUGCCGCCGAGAAAGUCGUCCAAAUCUUGGAACCGGUCUACAACGGAUUCGUAAGAACAGUCUCCGGUCUCCUGCCCUCCACCCCGGCCGACGCCGCGUGCGUUGAAGCCGGUAUUCUGCCUUUUCGGCUCGUCUACACCGCAGCUACCGCUACCAAAGCCGCUGCCUUCCUCGCUAAAACGUCGGGAAACAAUCUCCCUCCAGUGGCCAGGGUCCACUGGCACGGAGACAAAAGUUGGCAAUCACAUCAGAUCAGAAUCGACAGCCGAAUCAAGGACCGCUUCAGGGCAGGAGACAACUCACUGGCUUUGCGCCGGACAGUCGUCGAAACUCUCGGGGCGCACUAUCAAGAUCACGAAAUCAGGUACACCGAUGGCUCGCUCUCCAGCAGCGGAGUGGGAAUGGGGGUUUCAGGAGAUAGUUUGGUCGUCAGCAAUUCACUUCCGGCCCAGUGCUCGGUGUUUUCCGCUGAGGCAGCGGCUGUCUUUCACGCAGCCACCCUUCCGGCCAAUCGGCCGAUCCUCAUCGUUACCGACUCACAAAGCGCAAUAAUGGCCCUAACCGAUGAAGCACCAAAGCAUCCGUGGAUACAAGGGACGGACAUCAAGAAAUGGAUCAAGCGGACGGUUCGGAGAGCGUGGGACAACGAGUGGAGGAACAAUCGAACUCACCAACUACGAAAAAUCAAGGCGACCACCGAUCCCUGGAAGGAUCGACCGAGCCUCAAGGAGCAGCAAGUGGUGUCCAGGCUGCGCACCGGGCAUAGCAGGGCCUCCCAUAAUUUCGGAGGAACACCGUUCCGGAGAACCUGCGAAACCUGCGGAGUGCCAGCCUCCGUAGAACACAUCCUCAUCAACUGUGUGGAGCUCGAGGACCUUCGGGUUGCCUUCGGUCUGGAGGGAACCAGCAUACGAAGUCUGCUUGGCGACGAGUCCCCGGCAGCAGACGCCCUCAUCGCCUUCCUGAAGGAGGCGAAUCUUUUUUACAACAUUUGA